CGUAAAUACGACACAUACGCAUUCCACCUUCCCGGAUUUAAACCUUUCCGUCUCUGGCAUUCCCUGUAAACAAUGACUGCUGUGGCAACAUCCUUUAUUCCAUUACCAAUUGGGAAACGCCCCUCGUUUGAUCGGAGCAACCAAAGCUCCGCCAGCAGUCUUAGCAGCCUUACGUCUUCGGCGGGCUCAAGUUUGGAAAGCAUGAACCUAGAUGAUAUCCUGCCGAGACAUUCUGACCCAUCACGCCCAUACUCCACUUUCCCCCAGAACACCGCCGCAAAGACUGGUCACUCUGCGAACUGGCGGCCUUCCAACAGAAUGGUUUCACCCAAAAAACUAGCAAUUCGUUACCAAAGGCCAGUAUUAGUCCUUUUUUAUGUCGCGGAGGAUACGGGUAAAUCACGGCGACGAAGCAUGCCACUGCGAGGACUGGAUAAGAACAAUGUCACCGAUGUUGUGCAACAUAUCUAUGAUAGGCAUCAGCAAUAUCUGGGCACUGUAAAAGUUGAACAGGUGAAGCGGAUUGUUGACCGCAUAUACGCCGAAGAGGUGGAAAGUCGACCUCAGGCUUCCAAAGAACCUGGGAGUGUCCCGAUACAAGGUCUCGCAACAGAAGCGCCCGCGUGGCUAACAAAAGGCCCUUCUCUUGUCAACACUGGCUCACACCUCGGAGCUCUCCCACUACCCAAGAAGCUAACCCCUUUGACCACCCUGCAACCACCUGCGCGAGAAUUGCCCCCACUAUCCAAUUCAGUCGAGAAAGAGAAGAAGCAACCAGCUGCCGAUGCGGAGGUAGAAACAGUUGCCGCGAAAGCCCAUCAGAUUGAUGGAAAUUUGGAUCUGAACAAACUUGGGGACGAGGAUCUAGCCAAGAUCAAGAAAUCCAUGAAUGAUGAUUUUGAGAAAACCCGGAUAAAACCUGGUGAUCCAGGAUACGUCUAUGAUGUUCAGAAAUCCUUCGGUCCACCCGUUGAAGACAACGAAUGGGACCAGGAAUCAGAAACCGACGCUGGCAAGCCCAUCGCAAACAACGCUACCUUCCCAUCUCUUUCCACAUUGAAGCCAGCCACGACUGGCAAGGUACUCAAAGACGUCGAUGAUCUGCUGGAAGGCGAAGAUUUUGAUAUCGAAGAGGAUAUAGAGGAUAUUGACGAGGGAAUCCUGGAGAACAAUGAAGAGGAUGACAGUAGGAAAGGGGAAAGCUCCAAUCAUAAUGAUAAUGUCUCGGCCAGCGGAAGUGAGUUUGACAAACAAGAAGUAGAAGGUUCCGAAAGGAAGUACAACUAUUCCGAGAACGAAGGCGAUCUUUCGGCCGAGCUUGGGGAAGAGGCAGACGAGGAAGCCGAGGUAGAAGACGAAGAAGACGAAGAAGACGAACAGGAGGAAGAUGCUCCACAACCGCAAGAACAGGAGGAAUCGACGUAUAGGCGUCGCCGCGUCUCGGUCGCUUCCCGUGAGGAGAAGAAUCUAUAUGCCGAAUCUGUUGAGGAGCUCUCUCACAAGUGGUCGUCGGACUUGAACGACGUGGGCGAAGAAGAAGGCGAUGAAGAUGAACCGAGUGAGAAGGAAGACAAUUCUGAAGCCAAUUCAGAGGAAAAAAGAAACGGAGAGCCGCAAAUGUCUGUCCAAGAUUUCAAGGGCGAGCCACUCGCCAAUGACAACAAUGUAAGUGCGAGCAUGGAAGAACUCAACUCUGGUAGACCGUCCUCCCAUGUUCCCAGUGAUAUCGGCGAACAAGCAGAAACUCAAUCAACCGCAGAUCUGGAUGCGGUACUCGACAUGUUGGAUUCAGACGAUGAGGAACAUCGGCCAUUCUCCUCACACAUUGUCCAGGGCAGUAGGCGCACCAGUUCCGUCAGCGAAAUAUCUCGCAAAAGUGUUGGCAGACGACCGCUUGCACUUGGGCGAGAAGAGGCUGAUGCAAUCGGAAUCUCUGAUUCCAACUACAGACAUCGUCCAUCGCCCCUACAGCUACCCGAGAAACGCGAAGGCGAACUUGAGGAAACCGUUCCUGUGCCGCUGCUUCCAGACGCAGAUGUAGAGGCCAAAGCAGCUACCAAGGGUGUGGGACUUCCCAAACUCUUGACUGUCGCUCCAAUUGUCUCGGCAACCACUCCUGCACCCGUAUCCGCUUUGACAAUAGAGCCCUCUCCACAGGCACCCACAUCAUCGGAGGAACCAAUUGAUGACGAGAUCGCAGAAGAAAUCGUACCAGAAGAAAUAGAAGACGAAGCACAUGAAGCAAGCGAUGACGAGCAUGUGGACAACACAGCCAAGGGGCACGUAGUGGAAUCUGCUCAACAGAACGACAUACAGAAAGACGAGAGGGAUGUAGCCUCGGCCAACGAAAGCGAAUCCCACCAUGAAUCCCAGACGUCAGCAAAGUCUAUUCAACCUCCAAAGAAGCUAGCGCCACCAGGUCUUCUAUCACCUGUUGCGGAUCGGGCAUCAUUGGAUAAAAGUCCAAACUCGUCGCCAUGGGUUAAAGGCAGCAGAGGAUGGCUCUCCGACAUUGAGAACGCUCCUCGUGUUCCAGGUCCACCUUCCGAUGACCGCUUGGCUAGUGAGGACGAGGAAAGUUUGCAUUUCAGCGAUGAAGAUAUUGAAUCGCUGCCCCUUGGAGAUAACGAGGAGGGAGCUAGGGGCAUAAAAAAUACCACUUCCGCGGGAUCCAAAUGGCUUAAAUCGGAAAACACCAUACCCCCGUUGAGUGCGAAUGGCAGUGAUCACGGUCUAGAAAAAAAGCAGUCGGAAGCUGACGACGAGUACUCGUCUGAUUUUGGUGCGGGACACACAGAUGACGAGAUUGAACUGGAUGAUAAGGACAUUGACGACGGGGAGAUAGUGUUUUCCGACGAUGCCAUGUCAUACGAUGAAGGCGGUGCAGAGCCCGAUGACGAUGAUGAUGCAUUCUGAACAUACUUUAGCCACUUUUGUACAUUUGUUGGGAGGAAUACUUAUAUCUCAAUAUCCCAAUUUCCCACUACCCUAUUUUACCGCUAAGGUUCCAUCUGUAUAAAAUGCUGUAGUGCAAUGAAUGAUGUCCUACUCCCCG